GCGGCCCCGAAGGCAGAGCCCGGACGCCGCCCAGUUCACUGUCCUUCGGCCACGGCGCUGCUGCUGCCCCACCAUGGACGACACCCUGUUUCAGUUGAAGUUCACAGCCAAGCAGCUGGAGAAACUAGCCAAGAAGGCAGAAAAAGACUCCAAAGCGGAGCAGGCCAAAGUGAAGAAGGCCCUUCAGCAGAAAAACGUAGAGUGUGCCCGUGUGUACGCCGAGAAUGCCAUUCGCAAGAAGAAUGAAGGUGUGAACUGGCUCCGAAUGUCGUCCCGUGUGGAUGCUGUGGCUUCCAAGGUGCAGACGGCCGUGACCAUGAAGGGGGUGACCAAGAACAUGGCCCAGGUGACCAAAGCCCUGGACAGGGCCCUGAGCUCUAUGGAUCUACAGAAGGUUUCUGCGGUAAUGGACAAGUUCGAGCAGCAGGUGCAGAACCUGGAUGUACACACAUCGGUGAUGGAAGACUCCAUGAGCUCGGCGACCACGCUGACCACACCACAGGAGCAGGUGGAUAGCCUCAUCGUGCAGAUUGCCGAGGAGAAUGGCCUUGAGGUGCUGGACCAGCUCAGCCAGCUGCCUGAGGGUGCUUCGGCAGUGGGCGAGAGCUCUGUGCGUAGCCAGGAGGACCAGCUGUCACGGAGGCUGGCCGCCCUGAGGAAUUAGCCAGGAUUCCACCUGGCCUGGCCUGGCCUGGCCGUGGGAAGGCCCAGGCGGAGGUCAGCCCACACUUGCCUUUCUGUGGACUGUGGCCUUGCUGCUCAGCACCUGUCCCACCUGGCGCCCUGAUGUUAGCCCAUGGUGGGACCCUGUCUCCAGGAUUGCACAAACUUCUGGCGUUUCUGGGUAAUUUCUGUGCCUCUGUGGACCUGCAGCCCUCCCCCUCAUCCCCUGACCCCCAGCACGGACAGGGGUUGG